GCUUUUUGGAGGUUCAAAGAUUUGGACCAUGUUGACUUGCAUUGUAAGGAACUACAUAGCUGAAAUAUUCUUCUAAAAAUCUGCAUUUGUGUUCAGCAGAAGAAAGAAAGUCAUACACAUCUGGCAUGUCAUGAGGGCUGCAGAUGAGGACGCAGUACCUGCGAAGAAAGAGAAAACACAUUUUACAGUCAAACUGACAGAACUGAAGGUGAAAUUGAUCAAAGAAGUGAAGAAUUGCAUUCAGGGCCUGAAUCUUGUGCAGGCAAAGAAGCUUGUGGAGUCCCUACCUCAAGAGAUCCGGGCUAAUGUGUCUAAAGAGGAGGCAGAAAAAUUAAAAACAGCACUUGAAGCAGCAGGGGGCACUGUAUUACUGGAGUGA